AUCAAUAGUUGGAGGCGGGUAGGGGGGCACUCACCGUCGGUUUACUGGUCAAAACGAUCGCUGUAGGUGGGACGAUUUGAGUAAAAACACCUGCGCCCGUCACGCAGAGGGAGGGUUUUGAUUGGUUGAGAGAAGGUUUGGCGCCAGCUUCGGAGCGGGCGACGGGUAGCGGCGGGGGUCAAAGCGGUGUGGGCCGCGCUGACAGGAGGACGGGCAGGUUCAGCUCGGCGCUAUGGAUCCCGCACCGGGCGGUUCUUACCGCCGCCGUCGCCGCCGCCUGCUUCUCUCGCCGGUCUCCGUCACUUCACCCGCCGUGGUCAAGUCUCUCUUUCCCACCGAUCUCUUGCCGGUCUUAGAUCGCCGCCUCACCGUGGAGCAGCUGGCACAAGGUAAGCAUGUAAAUGCUGAGCAAGAUCUGGGAAACAAGAAUACCAAUGGUCUACAAAGAACAGCAUCAUCAGAAUCAGCAGACUCAGGUUGUGCUUUGGAUUCGCCCGGUCCUGCAGCCUUGAAUGAUAUUACGGAGGAAACGUUUGAGAAAGCUAUUAAUGAAUCCAGCAGGCUGAACAUCCGGAUGCCUUUCAGAAGAAUACAUUCACUGCCGCAAAGCCUCCUGGGAUCCAGUCCUGCUCUGAAGAGAAACCUUUUUGAUUCUCUGGACAGUGAUGCUUUUCAACUAUUGGAACAAGAUGAAAAUAAGGAGAAUGAAUUGUUCGUGUUUAAGAAGCCAACCAAACCAGCUUCUUGUUGUUAUGUGCAUGUCCAUUCCCCUGAUGGAAAAGCUGUUCCCGGACCAAGGCAGAAUUCAUCUGCAGCUCAGAUAUUUCCCAUGGGCACAAUACCUGCGGGUGAACAGGAGACCUACCAGCCAGCUUUCCUGCAGCAGUCUUCUCUGACUUCCUCUGAAAGUGAAGAUGACGAUGGAUUCCUAGAGCUGUUAGAUGUGCAAGACUUGAAGAAUGAUGAGGAGAUGCCUUCUGAUGUGGCGAGCCUCUGGACUGCACCGCUGGUCAUGAGUGGGACAGACAAUUGGCUGAAACGAUGCCGGUUGUUUGGCUCUUCAUCUCUCCAUAAUGGUGGAGGAAAAAACACCCAGAAGAGGAUGGAAAGAUCCCAGGAAGAGAAUUCUCCAGGGAAAAGCAAGAAGAGGAAAAGCUUGCCUGAAACACCUUCUGAGGACUCAACGAGUCUGAAAAUGGUAAAGGUGGAAUCCUCCACAGCAGAGAUCGAAAACAUUUUGGAUGAUGACCAGAGAGACCUUAUUGGUGACUUCUCAAAGGGCUAUUUAUUCCACACUGUCGAUGGGAAACAUCAAGAUUUAAAAUACAUCGACUCGGAAAUGAUUGUGUCUGUGCUGACUGGGAAGUUUGCAAGCUUCAUCAAGGAGUGUGUGAUAAUUGAUUGUAGAUACCCCUAUGAGUAUGAAGGAGGACACAUCAAGGGUGCUGUCAACCUGCAUAUGGAAGAGGAUGUGGAAGACUACUUGCUUAAGAAGCCAAUCCAGCCAUCUGAGAACAAACGAGUGAUAGUAGUGUUCCACUGCGAGUUUUCUUCAGAGCGAGGUCCUCGAAUGUGCCGGUUUGUGAGAGAGCGGGACAGGCUGGCUAACGAAUACCCCAACCUCCAUUACCCAGAGCUGUAUGUCCUGAAGGGGGGUUACAAGGAGUUCUUCUUAAGGUGCCGUAGUUUCUGCGAGCCGCAGAGCUAUCGCCCCAUGCACCAUGAGGACUUUAAAGAAGACUUGAAAAGGUUCCGCACCAAAAGCCGAACCUGGGCUGGUGAGAAGAGCAAAAGGGAACUGUACAGUCGCCUGAAGAAACUCUAAGGGCUGAAGUGCAAAAGCAAAGACUGCCUGUCGUAGCAGGGGGAGGCUGCAGCGGGAGGGAGAUGUGCCUGUUCCUUGAUUGUGGUUAUGGGGUACCAGUUCUCCUUGUCUGUUUUAUUGGGAACACCAUGGGACUUGUGGCUGCAGGCUUGAUCUGAACAACCUGGACGCUGGCUGGGACCUGACUCUUCUGAAUAUUCUUGUGACACUGCUUGGUGGAAAUGGCUUCUUGUGUUCUGUGACCUUCACAGAUGGCCCAACAGCCUGCCCGGGGCGGGGGGAGAGGCUGAUACGCGGUGUCACCGGUUCAGGGUAUUUUAGUGCCUGUUGGUUGUUUUUGUUUUUUUUUUUUAAUGCUUUAUUUUAUUUAAAUACAGUCAAAUGAAGCUAAUACUGCUGCAGUUGCAUCAUCUGAUUUGUACUUAAACCUUGUUUCUGCUAAGGGGCAGCCUGCUGUUGGGGUGUGUGUGGGUGUGUGUUAAUUAUUUUUCUCAGCUGCAGCUUUGAUUCUGUGUUUUUGUAGCAUAAUGUGUUGUGGUGAAGUAAAAUGGGAAAUAGUUCAUUACAGCUGGGUGUUCCCACCUUGCUGAACUCCUGUGUUCCGCUGUGGGAAGCCUCUUGAAGACAGUUCAAGGGGAAAAUGCUUAUUGUACGUAAAUAUCACAUUCACCUUGUUUACUUAAUCUAGAUUGCUUUAUUUCAUAGUAGUUUGAAUUUAGCUGCUGCUUUAGUUCUAGAGGAGUUUUGAAGUAGGGAGAACUUCUGGUAACUGAGGGUAACACAGAAAUAGGCUGUCUUGGGUGAUCCUAGAAGUACCAGGCUGCAAAGCUGUUACCAGGAUUCUCAACAGCUGCUUCCUCCGAGGCUGUGUGUUACUAGCAUGAAUUACGUCCAGAAAGAGCCCGGCUGUAAGGAAUCACGCUAACGAUCCUGAGAGGCUGCUCUGAACCUGCCUUUGCUGCUGUGAGUUAGAUUUUUUGGCCACUUCUCUAGCAGCAGAAGCACCUUCUGCCAGGAAAGGCAGGAAAUUAAGUCUUGAAGUAAAAGGAACUUCCUCAGCUAGCAUUGAACCUGAUGGCUGAGCCCGACAAAUUGCCCACCUAAAGCAGAAUGUGUGGCUCCAUGGCACAGCAGUACCAGUCCUAAAACUGCUUUGCUGCUGCAGCCUUUGGUGUCCCCUAAGACCCAGCUAUUGAACCUCACAGUAGCCCUGGGAUGUCAGGGAAAGGCCAGCUGCUUGCUGCAGCAAUGCUGUGGUGAUCGCUGUAGCUCAUCUUGCUCACAAACUUCUUGGUGAAACUGGUGCUCCUGAGGCUGGGCACGCAGCCUGGGAACAGCCGUGUGUCCUGGAAGCUCUCAGCUCUUUAGCAGAAAUCCAUGCUUUGCACAGCUGGGCUUGCUCUGUGCAAGCUAGUCUUGCGUGCCACUGUAUCUGUGUCAAAAAAAAUACUGAAAUGGAGGUGCCUUAUGUGGAAUUUUAACUUGAUUUUUUUAAAACUUUCUUAAAACAUGCUGUUAAUCCUCUUUGGAAACUGAAAGGAUAAACUUUGAACAUUAACUUUCUCAUCUGAAAAAAAAUUUAUAAUAAAUCAGAUCUUGCUGGC